AUGACAAUCACCGCGCUUACCCAAAGGAGCGACUACCCCUAUGAUUUAGGUACCUUCGGACGACCCAUCACCACAACUAGCCCCGAAGCCCAGAUCUGGUUCAACCGAGGCCUCUGCUGGGUCUACUCUUUCAACCACGACGAAGCAGCUAUAUGCUUCGAGCAAGCUAUCGCCCAUGAUGAAUAUUGUGCCAUUGCGUAUUGGGGUCUAGCUUACGCCCUCGGUCCUAAUUACAACAAGUCAUGGGCGUUCUUCCGCGAUGACCUGAAAACCAUUUUACAGCGCACCUACCAAGCUUGUCAGAAGGCGAAGGCUCUUGCGUCCGACGCAACUCCCGUGGAACAAGCCCUGAUCACCGCCAUCCAAGCUCGCUUCCAGAGUGACCAACCGUCGAACUUAGAUCAGUACGCCGCUCAGAAUCGCGCCUAUGCUGACGCAAUGGAGGGGGCAUAUCAUGUGCUUGGAGAAGAUCUCGAUAUAGCGGUUCUAUAUGCAGACUCCAUCAUGAGUCUCAAUCCCUGGAAACUCUGGAAUCUGGAGACUGGUCUACCGAACCCGGGUACGCGGACUUUGGAUGCAAAGAACGUGCUAGAGAAGGCACUGAAGCACACCGAUGCAUACCGACAUCCGGGUCUGCUGCAUUUGUAUAUCCAUCUCAUUGAGAUGUCUCCCACACCAGAGCUGGGCCUAGUCCCGGCUGAUUAUUUGCGUGAGCUCGUCCCAGAUGCCGGUCAUGUGAACCACAUGCCAGCGCACCUGGAUGUCCUGGUCGGAGAUUAUCGAGCUGCCAUACGCACCAAUCAGCGCGCUACCCUUUCCGAUGAGAAGUUCAUCCGUUACGAGGGCGUGAUGAACUUCUACUCUAAUUAUCGCAUGCACAAUUAUCAUACGCUAAUCUAUGCGGCGAUGUUCGCGGGCCAAAAGCAUGUGGCCAUCGAUGCUGUAGAUCGGAUGGAAAAAACUCUCCCGAAGGAAUUACUCGUCAAAAUGGCGGAUUCGAUUGAAGUCUUCAUGUCCAUACGGCCACACGUCAUGAUUCGCUUCGGUAUGUGGGACGAAAUUAUCAGCCUUUCACUCCCCGAAGAUCCAGUGCUCUACUGUGUCACCAUUGCAAAUAUAUACUACGCGAAAGGCAUCGCGUAUGCAGCAACUGGCAAAAUCGCUGAAGCCGAGAAAUACCGGGACCUGUAUACUGAAGCAGGGAAGCGUGUCCCCGAGUCCCGUCUUGAUUUUCCGAAUAAAUGUGUGGAUACCCUUGAAAUUGCGGCUGCUAUGUUGGAUGGUGAGAUAGAAUAUAGACACGGCAAUUAUACCGAGGCUUUUAAACACCUCCGUCGCUCAAUCGAAUUGGACGAUGGUCUGGGAUACAAAGAGCCGUGGAGUUGGAUGCAGCCUUCUCGACAUGCGUACGCAGCCCUUCUAUUGGAACAAGGUCAUGUUGAAGAAGCUGCUGCUGCUUACCGAUGUGAUCUGGGACUUGAUGAUUCUAUUAUUCGCGCACGUCAACACCCGAAUAACGUUUGGGCUUUGCAGGGAUAUCAUGAGUGUUUGCUUCGGUUAGGCCGCACUGCAGAGGCCAGGGUGAUUGAGCCGCAGCUGAAAAUUGCUUUGGCGGUGGCGGAUAUCCCUAUCAAGUCCUCGUGUUUCUGUCGAACUGACACGUCACAGGAAUCAGAUGUAGGGAAGGUUUGCUCUGGCAGUGGUUGCCAGUGA